CGGACCCCUCAAGCUUCAUAAUAUCACCUAUAAAAACGGCCUUCAAAUCUUUCAAUAUCUACGCUUUUUUCGGAAGGAAUUCUCUUGCUACUUUACUUUUUUUCUGAGAUACAUAUUAUCAAGAAAUAGAUUAAUUGGUUCGAUAAUGGGGGGCGGAUCUGCAACGUUUCAUAGUGAAGAGGAGAAGGAAAAGCUUCAUUUAAAGGCCGAGAGCAAAAUUGUAAAGCCUGGUGAAGUAGAAGAAAAGACUAAGGUGGAAAUUGAAGUUGAAGCGAAAUCUGUGGUGCCAAAACAUGAAGACAAGAAAGAUGAAUCAAAGGCAAAGGUGAAGAAGGACGUAGAAGGAGAACAAGUGAAGGAGAAGAAAGAAGACACGAAGAAGAAAGAUGGCAAGGAUAAAGAGAAGAAAAAGAAGAAAUCUGGAGAAGAAUCCAAUGAGGAAAUGGAGAAAGUGAAAAGUGAAGUAGAAGAAGGCGAGGAGGGGAAGAGAAAAAAGAAAGAUAAAGAGAAACACAAGAAGAAGGACAAGGAAGAGGAAGUUGAAGAGAAAAAGAAGGAUAAGGGACUGAAGAAGAAAGACAAAUCCAAAGAGGUCGAAGGUUCUGCAGGAGAAUCGAAUGAAGAAAACGAGGAGGGAGAUGGUGAAAAAGAGGAGAAGAAGAAAAAGAAGAAGAAGGAUAAGAAAAACAAGCACAAGGAGGACAUAGAAGCUGAAAAAGAUUUGGAAGGAGAUGGAUCCAAGAAAGAGAAGAAGAAAGGAAAGGGCAAAGAUGAGGAGAAGAAGACGAAGAAAGAUUCGGAAGGUGAAGUGAGUGAAGAAGUCUCAGAUGAAAAGGGGUCGGAGGCGAAGAAGAAAAAGAAAAAAUGUGGCAAAGGCAAGGAAGAUGGUAAGAAAAAGAAAUCCAAAGGAAAAGAAGGGAAAUCUGAUCAAGAAACAGAUGAGGUUGAAGAGGAAGUCGCCUCAAGGGAUGUUCACAUAGAAGGAAAUGGAAAUGGAGAGAUAUCCAAGAAGCAGACGAAGGAAGAGAAGAAACAAAGAUUCAAAGAGAAGUACAAUGCGCGGGACCUUGAUAAGCUGAGAAAGAAGCUGGACAAAAUCAACAAUAAGAUUGAGAGUCUUCUUGAGAAAAAAGAGGACAUCAUGAGACUGGUAAAGGAAGCUGAGGAUAAGAAAACUGUCGAUGUUAAGACGACGACCAAGGAUGCAGCUGGCGAUGAAGACAAAGAAAAGCUAAAUACAGUUGAGAUUUCUUAGAAAAUGGUGUGCUUUUGUAAACUAUACUAUCCUAUCUGUAUUACUUUUUACAUAUCUGUUGUCGUUACCUGUGAUUUCGAUGUAAUUCUCUGUACUUUCAAGUUUGAGUGUAUUUUACGUCUUGAAUACUUCCAUCUCCA